AGCAGCAGCAGCGGGACGGAAAAAGACCACCAGCUCACGAUCUGACAAACCUCUGAGAGUUAUUAAAAUAACUUCAGAUCUGUCUCACAGGAGUUCAGGGAUGCUGUUCCGCUCGGUAGUUGACAGAGGAGUGGGCAGACGGCGGCAGAAUGCCCUCCCUGCAGACCCCUGGCCCAGGUACCCUCUGAGCUCCCUGCUGGGAGGCUACCAGUGCGUCCGACAUGACGAACACAUCUCCUACGGCAACCUGGGUGACUCUGUGCCACCGUUUGGACUGGCUUUCUCCUCUGCGGGGCACCUGCACAACGCCCUCGCGGCAGCUAACGAAGAAGGCAUCGUUAGGAUCUACAACACAGAGAGACGUGAACAGCCGCUUCUUAAAGAAUGGCUGGCUCAUGAGAAUGCUGUCUUUGACAUAGCCUGGGUACCAGGGGAGCCUCAGCUGGUGACUGCUGCCGGUGAUCAGACGGCCAGGCUGUGGGAUGUGAAGUCAGGGGAGCUGUUGGGGAGCUUCAAGGGUCACCUCUGCAGCCUCAAGUCUGUUGCAUUCACACCCCAGGAGAAAGCUGUGUUCUGUACUGGGGCCAGAGAUGGAAAUAUUAUGGUCUGGGACACCAGGUGCAGCAAAAAAGAUGGUUUCUACAGACAGGUCAAACAGAUCAGCGGCGCUCACAACAAAGCAGAGACGAACCCCCUGACCAAAACCAAGAAGAGGCGCAGCAGCACACGCGGCAUGGCUCCCAGCGUGGACACUCAGCAGAGCGUCACAGUGGUUUUGUUUCGGGAUCAGCACACCCUCAUUUCCUCGGGGGCUGUUGAUGGAGUGAUCAAGAUGUGGGAUCUGAGGAAGAACUACACCGCACACCGUCAUGAUCCUGUUCCGCUGCAGACGUACCCAUACCCGGGUUCUUGCAUGCGCAUGCGACUGGGUUAUUCUGGACUCGUUCUGGACUCUACGAGAUCCAACGUCAUAUGUAACUGCACCGACGACAAUAUCUACAUGUUCAAUGUCAGCGGAAUGAAAACGACUCCAGUGGCAGUUUUCAGCGGCCACCAGAACUCCUCCUUUUAUAUAAAGUCCACUAUCAGCCCAGACGACCAGUUCUUGGCCAGUGGCUCAAGUGACAAUAACGCCUACAUCUGGAAGCUCUCUGAUCCCAAACAUCCUCCCAUGAUGCUCCAAGGCCACAGCGAGGAAGUGACAUCUGUUGCAUGGUGCCCGACAGACUUCACCAAGAUUGCUUCCUGUUCUGAUGACCACACUGUGCGGAUCUGGAGGCUUCACAGGGAAAUGGAUGGAGGACAGUCUUCAGUGGGAGAGGCCAACCUUGUGGGGUGGGCACGUCCUAAAUCGCCCUCAAGGCUUUCAAUCAGAGCUGAAACAACCCCUGCCAAGAGCCAGAGGACAGAGAGUCUUGGCGGCCUGGCCUCGCCCCAGCUUGCUGCCUGUGCUCCCAGUGGAGCUGCCCUGCCUCUGCCCUCCAGCACCACCUCACCCAUCCCCUCUGAGGGUGCCAAGGCUGCUGCUGUUCGCCAGAGAACGCCAUCUUCAAUCAAACAGUGGUUAUCCCCAAACCGGGGAUCUCCCGGUCAGACCAGCCCUCCACUCCGGAGGGUGCUGAGCCCGUGUCCCCAGAGCCCGGCGAGCAUCGCCAGCACCUCUCCCACGGAACGACGGGCCAAACGCAGGCUGGAGACAGGAGACGGUGCAUCUGCAGCCUGUGGGGGUGCAGAACAGUGUGACUGUGUUACUGAACUCUACCCCGCAGCCAAGAGAAGCCGGGCCCUGACUGGAAUCUGCUGCCCUGCUCAAGAGAGCCGGCUACAAACAGACUGUCACGCAGAGGACAACAACCAAGUCUCGUCGAGACAGGCUGGCAAGGAGAAUUGCUCCCCCAGAGUGAAGGACUGGUUGUCAGAGAUGGGCCAAAAGAUGAGGAAAGGUCAGGGAAGCCCUUGUUCUCCCAGAAGCCCCAAUGUCUCGAAGAAACAAGAAGGCAAGACCCCAGCUUCACCGACCAUCCGCUCACCGCACAGCAUGAAGAAAAUCUCCAUGUAUUUUAAAAGAACGCCUCUGGAGUGAUCGCCCCUGCCACUCAGAUGCUCUGUGCUUCUGUUUAAAAUGCUAGAAUUUUAUUUGGAGUAUUUUUAACCUGAACCCAUGGAUGAUGCUCCUUCAAGAACACUGAUCUACGUUCGGAUUCCAUGAGCACAUGAACCUGGGCCGCGCAGAGAUCAGCAGAAGAGUCAUUCUGAAUAUUUGACGCUACAGUUUGCUCUCGAGGGGCAGCUUUUUUUUUUUUUUUAUUUUAAUUGGGCCACAGGUUUUGCAGUUACCUCCUACUCAGUUUUCUGGUGCUGUGCAGAAUCUCUGGUUGAAAAAAUAUCAAGUUGUAUGUUGCUGAGUAAAUCUGUCAUUUUACUUUAGAUGCAUCAGUGUUCAACACACAUUUAAAAAGUUGUUCAGGAAGUUAACCAGAUAUUAAUCCUCAAGAGCAGAGGAAAAUGUGGGGACAUUUUUAAUUCUGCUAAAAACAAACAUUUAUUUGAUCCACAUCUUUGAGCAGUUUUAUGAACUUCACUGAGUUUAUUAUUGUUUCAUCUCUUUGUGGGUUUUUUCAUGUAUGAGUUUGACCUUUUUCCUUCAGUGUUACUCAUAUAAAACUCUGCUACAUGUGAUUCUUUUUUGAGCUAAUGCUUAAGUUGUUUAUAUGUACAAAAUAACCAAUGAUUAUUGCUUGGUUUAUUUGUAU